ACAGGGUGGCAUCACGAAAAGUGGGACGUAGGCUGAAUAGCUCGGGCUCCCGACUUCAGUCUGGGGUGCGGGAGCGUCUCUGGUGCUGUGGACCGGGGCCGCGCCUCCCUCCCGGCCUUCCGGUCUUUCUUGCCAGCUGGGCCGGAAGGGAAAGGUGCACCUGCAGCCCAGUGUUCUCAGGCCCUCAGGCUCAAGAGGUUCAGGCUCAUUGGGGUCCCUCACCGUGCUCUGACGCGGGAAAAAGAUCUUGUCACCCACGGAGAGCUAAAGUACCGACGACUUGGACCUCAGCCCCAGGCUUCUGCUGUGGAGGACAAAAUCCUUAAGUGUCCUGAGCGGACGUCCUGUUAGAGGGUGGCGCCUGGAUGAGCCUGGGGUAAUGCGAAAAUGAUCCACAGUCUAUUUCUCAUAAACUGUUCCGGUGACAUAUUUCUAGAGAAGCACUGGAAGAGUGUUGUGAGCCAGUCUGUCUGUGAUUAUUUCUUUGAAGCUCAAGAGAAAGCAGCUGAUGUUGAAAAUGUACCACCUGUUAUUUCAACACCUCACCACUACCUCAUCAGUAUCUAUCGGGAUAAGCUCUUCUUUGUCUCUGUCAUACAGACUGAAGUGCCACCUCUCUUUGUAAUUGAGUUCCUACAUCGAGUUGCUGAUACUUUUCAGGACUACUUUGGUGAGUGUUCGGAGGCUGCAAUUAAGGAUAAUGUGGUCAUAGUAUAUGAGCUCUUGGAAGAAAUGUUAGACAAUGGAUUUCCACUGGCUACUGAAUCUAACAUUUUGAAAGAAUUGAUUAAACCACCAACAAUUCUGCGUUCUGUCGUCAACUCUAUUACAGGCAGUAGUAAUGUUGGGGACACACUCCCCACUGGGCAGCUGUCCAACAUCCCAUGGCGCCGAGCAGGGGUAAAGUACACAAACAAUGAAGCCUAUUUUGAUGUCGUUGAAGAAAUAGAUGCAAUUAUAGAUAAAUCAGGAUCUACAGUCUUUGCAGAAAUUCAGGGGGUAAUUGAUGCUUGCAUUAAGCUAUCUGGAAUGCCUGACCUUUCCCUUUCUUUCAUGAACCCGAGGCUUCUAGAUGAUGUCAGCUUCCACCCCUGCAUCCGGUUCAAGCGUUGGGAAUCUGAAAGGGUUUUGUCAUUUAUUCCUCCAGAUGGAAACUUCCGACUCAUAUCAUAUCGUGUCAGCUCACAAAAUCUAGUGGCAAUACCAGUGUAUGUGAAACAUAGCAUCAGUUUUAAGGAGAACAGUUCUUGUGGUAGAUUUGAUAUUACAAUUGGACCAAAGCAAAAUAUGGGGAAAACUAUUGAAGGAAUCACAGUGACAGUUCACAUGCCAAAGGUUGUGUUGAAUAUGAACCUGACACCAACACAAGGCAGCUAUACUUUUGAUCCAGUUACCAAGGUACUAACGUGGGAUGUGGGAAAAAUCACUCCACAAAAGCUCCCUAGUCUUAAAGGACUGGUAAAUUUACAAUCUGGAGCACCCAAGCCAGAAGAGAAUCCAAGCCUCAACAUACAGUUCAAGAUCCAGCAGCUUGCCAUUUCAGGCUUAAAAGUAAACCGCUUGGACAUGUAUGGGGAGAAAUAUAAGCCAUUUAAAGGAGUCAAAUAUGUCACGAAAGCUGGAAAGUUCCAAGUGAGGACAUGAGAAGAGGCCAGAAUUCCUCAAGAUAUGUUUGUUUUCCAAGUGUCAUUACAGUUUAUUACCAUUAGGUACCAAUUGGAUGGGAAUACAUAUUCUAGUUAAAGCAUUUGUGUCAAGCCACACACCGCUAACAGAGUUGCUUAGUAAUCAAUGUAGGGUUCUUAAGUAGCUUUAAGCUAAGGAAACUUCUGAAUGACUUAGCUUAUUUGUAUCUUGUCACCUAGGAUGAUUUUAGAGGUGAUUUCCUCCAUAGGGAGACACCAGCUGGAGGCUGCAUAUUUUAACAGUCAAGGCAAAAGUCUACAGUGAUAACCUCUCUCCUAAAACAAGUGAGCUGGUCUCAGCAGGAGCUAUCUUAGUCUGUAAUGUCAUGUAUCAAGUGCAGCCAAAUGUCACACUUGAUCUUAGCCAUCCCAAAUCUUCUGUCCCAACAGAGGAAAAAUUCCUCCCACCCCAAGAAGUUUACAGAAAACUGCCUCUUCAAGUGUUUGCCUUAUUCAGCUUUUCACUUAUGCCAUUAAGCAAGCACUGUAGCAAAAGCCACUCCACAUGGCCCUGGCAGGGAGCACUGCUGCUCCAUGCUCCAUUCUCACUGUACUUGGUAUUGUAUUUUUUAUAAAUAAGAUUUUUAUGUAAAGCUCAGAUUUUGAUUUAUAGGGAUUGCUUGCUGCAGUAAGUACCAUUUCAGUUUUGUGCCACUUGGUUCAGCUGUUAGCACAGUAAAAAUGAUUUGUAUCAAAGGGGUGAAUGCUUUAAGGUAAUAAAAGGAACACUACUUCUGCUUUUAGGAAGUUAUUGCAAGCACAAGCAUUUGAGAUUUUAAGCAAAUUAAUGUAGUAAAAGAGAAACUUAAGUGAACCUUUGCCAUCUUCAUGUUUUAUAAAGCUUAUCCAACACCACUUAAAACCAGUCAGCCUAAAGGCCUCAUGCCCUAGUUCAGCUAAAGGAAGAAAAUGUGCCUGCCUCACUGUUGUCAAUCUUUUUUUUUUUUUUUUCUUAAAUCUUUUAUCUCUGUUGUUGUUCUUAAGAGUUUCAACUUGUCUACACUCCUUGUCUUCAGGGGAACUCCCUUUUCAUAUUGUGUGCUUCCCAAGGCUAUAGUCAAUAGAUUCCUUCCUGAAACUAUUGUUGUAACUGUCACUGGAGUACUUAAAUGUCUCUACUGUACUGACAAAGUACAUUAUAAUGAGGCAGAAACAAAAUCCUCAGUAACAUUGAUAAACCUGUAUUGAUCUUCAUGGUUGGCAAGUCAGUCCACAGUUGUUAUCAUUUAACUUGAUUGACUUAGAAGUCCUUGCCCAGUUAUUUUGCUUCAUUAGACAUGAAGAAUGGAGAAAGUUAAGGUGUAAGUUCUUGCUCUUGCUAUUAGUUUUCUUUGUGACUCCAUUCUUUUCAUUGUCAACUUAUCCCUUACCCUUAUCAUGCUAAUCGUAGCCCUUACACUCAUCCCAUUCUGCUGUCAGGGCUAGUGGUUGGUGCUGGUACAGGGAGCCCACUGUACAGCAGCAUUCUUACCUUUGCCUGCCUAGGGCACCCAGCCUGCCUUUCAUCUAAUAGGAGAGGUUACUUUUUGCAACUUAGUAAUUUCUAGGGUAACCAAUAUCAGCUUGGCAGCUAAAAUUAAGAUGUUGCCAAAUAUUUAUUCCCUUUGCCUAAGAUUGGUUACCCAGUUCAAAUGCUUUUCAUUUUAAUGUCUUCCUCUUCAAAGUUCAUACCUCAAAAGAGCAAUCAAUACAUUUGCUUUUCUUUCUGCAGAAUCCCUAAUCUCAAUCAUCCAUAUAUGGACUAAUUUUCUUUCUGUGCUAUCUUCUCAUAUACAAGCAGAUUGUAUUCCAAGAGUCCCUUCUUCUAGCAAUUUCUGCUAAAACUUCCAAGUAGACUGUUUCCUUUUACAAUUAAAUUAUUGUAUUUAUUAAUUUGAUUGAAUCCAGUAAGUCCUUUCUCUAGCUCUGGCUACACUGUCAAUAAAAAGAUGAAAGCAACAAGUUGAUUUUUUAGCUUGACUGUUAAUUCAGCAUUCUCAGCUGGGCAUGCCACAGUGUUAGGGCAGGCUGAACACGGUCACAUUUUACUCUGCCUCAUCACACAAGGUGUGAGGGUUGUUGCAGAGCACUUCCAAGUGCUCCUCUCUUGACCUCAGCCUUAUAUAUUUUCUCUAACCAUCACCCUUUUAGCCACAGACUGAAUAAUAAGUGAUCAAAGCUACUCUCCGUACCACCACGUACUAAUAACAAAGAUCCAUGAAUUCUUAGUAGUAGUGAAAUAUUUUCAAGCAUAGAAUUCCAGAUAAUUCCAGGAUAGCCUCAUUUUCUAAAUUCUUAAAGGAGUAUAACCCAAAAGCUCAUUUUCUGCAUAAAGGAGUCACCAUCAUUUUAUUCAAAGGGAGUUCAUGUGAUGGGUUCAUUCCUUAAGUGCUGCUAUAGAAGAACCUUGGAAAAUACUGGUCCUGGUGUCCUUAGAGUCAUCUGACUUGAGAAAAACUAUAAUGCAGCAGGAAGGCAGCACCAGUGAGCAUAUGGUAAAUAGAAAAAAUGAGACCGUGAAUACUGUUUUCAGAUAUUACUGAGCUAAUUCAGUACCUCUGGACAGUUCCCUUUAACUCAGACAGCUGGAAUCUGCCUCCCUAGUCAGCAACUUUUCUAUGUUAAAGCAGUGAUAAAUGUAGUCAGCGGUACUAUCCCCCUUUAGUGAUAUUUACCACUUUCAUAUAUAGAAAAUAAGGCAAAAAUACUGAUGUCCCAGCUCUACUUCAAGAACCUGUUCCUCCUCUUAGAGCUUCCUCAAGCAAGAAGAGGAAUAUGUGCCCGAAAGCUAGCUCUGCCUCAUAACUCUGGUGGAUCCCUGACAACCCUGUUGUUCUGUAUUGGGCUUUAGAAUAUUAAAUAUCAACCUGCAAUAUUCCUGCACAUGUAAUAGCUUUAGCUUAGGGGAUAGUGAUGGCUUCCACAUACAGCCAGAAUCUUCUAAGGUGGACUGCUUCAACCAGGGGAUGAUCUGUAUCAUCUGGCUGCUUUCCUCUGUUAACCUUUUGUCACUUCUGCUCCUUCUAGUUUAUAAUCCCCAAUGUUGUCCUUUAUUACAAAGGUCUUGUUAAGUAAAUAUAUUACCACUGGUUUCUUCUUCUUCCAGUACAAUAUUUGGAUUAAAUAAAAACCUUUAGUUUCCACAUUUUGAGGAUUAGCUUCACUGGCUAUUCUUCAAAACAAAGGAGAAACCUGAUCUAAAAGCUCUUGCUGAAAUAACUUACCCAUCAUUUAAAGCAUUAUUUAUAUAAAUGUACUUUAUUGUUUUAAACAGAAGAGGCAGAAAAUAUUUGCAUAUAACAAAUCCUAGCUUAUAAAUGUAAUUUUUUAGUGAUGUCUAAUCAGCAUUCAGGGAUUUUUUUUUUUUUUUUAAUUUGCUUCACUGUGUCUUGAGCACUGAUAUUAGAGAAAAGCACAUUGGCAUAAAGUGUAAACCAGUGUCUCAAAACACUGGAAGAACUUGGAGAGCAAACAUGAUUUUUCUUACUUCCUCUAAGUAGUCUUUAGUAAAACAAAAGGUGAUCUUUGGCAUAGAUUCAUGCUUUAAAGGCAUUAAUAUUGCAUUUAUAUCAGGUAAGCAACUAUACAAGGAUGCUGAGGGCCUUGAAAAUAAUCUUCAGUUAAAAGAAAACAGAGGAAGCCUGAGUGUACAGUACCAACUUAAGACAAGUUUUACACAUUCGAUGUUAGGGUCUAACACACACUGGAGGUGGGGAGGACAUUCAGGCAAGGGUUCUUACUCCUUUACUCAUCCAGUUCUGGCUUUGGGAAGAAGUAUAGUUUCAUGUGCUGGGGAAUGCUUAGACAGCAGUGGUAAGUACAAGAAAGGAAAAAUUGCCUUCUCUCACUUUGCUAAUAGGAAACUUACUAUGGUGAUAAUUAAAUAUUAUACCCAUUACUCUUUUGAACAACUGUACUUAAGGAGGGAGGGUAGGAUGCAAGGGGCUUGGCUGUUGUUGGCUGAGGGAGGUAGGAAUCACUGAGGACUGUUUCCCAUCGAUUCAUCCCCAGCAGUGCCAGAAUUCCAGUCUGCAAGUACCACCUCCCUUAGGUAGGCAGUGUCCUUCAGACAGGACUGCCUUUCCAUUAGACACUCCUGGGGACAAGCACCAAUUCUUAGGACUGAAUUUCAAAAGGAUAAAAACGAUCUUUCAAAAUUAUAGAACAAACAUAUAUCUUUAAAACCUUGUUUAGGAAGGGUGUGGGAAGAAUACAAAAGCCAGGACAGGAGACAUCAUUUGGUUAAAAAUUAAAUGCAGCAUUUCAGCUCAGAAAGAACAAUAAGAGCUAAGAAUGAAUGAUAAGGCCUCAGCAUAGAUCUCUGCAGGCAGUGACAAAGCGUGGAGUGCCUGGGAGUGGCCCUGCUGGGAGGAUGGGCAGGGCCACGCCCCGGCCACUCUGCCUCUCCAGUGGCAGAGAGCACCAGGACACACAGUGUGUUCUUGGGAUGGCUACCUUGGCAGGCCGAGGCAGGAUAUGGGACGGAAGGUUUCCCUAGCACAGACAUUGCUCUGGAAAGAGGUAAAGACAGAAUCACAUGAUUUGGUGAUUUCCUCCUGACAAAGUGAAAUUUGGUUUUGUACUGUGGGAAACUAGAAGGAUUAAAUUGGGGAAGGGCAGAAAGUGAAUCCAGGCCCCACAUGCUGGGGCUCCCCAGAGGCCACCUUCCCCUGCAACAGUGAAGGUCACUCCUGAAAAGGACCAAGGUAGCACAGCCAGGGAAGGCAGGCAGGGUCAGCAGCAACAUGGAAAGCCCAAAAAAUUUUGGAGGCACAGUGAUUUCCUUAACUGAUUUGCCUGGGCCCUGGGUCUUGGGAGCCUGGCGGAAAGAAUGGGGAGACGGGGGCAGAAAGGGAACUGUCCUUUAGGGAACAAGCGCAGAACAGGAUGUCUGGCUAGUGUUCACUCUUGGAUUCUGAGUUUAUGUGAAGUCCAUGGGCUAGAAACCCCGUCUGCCUAUUGGGACAGAGUGUGCACAAGUAAAGCCGUGGUCGAGAAUACAGGCUUUAUAAGGAGACACAUUUCAAAGUGUCCAUGACAAGAGUAUAAAUGUUUUCUAAUGUGAAGAGGCCCCAUUCCUUUCUGUUAUGUCAGGCCAAGAUGUGGCUUUCAACCCCCCAGUAAUCUUGGGUGGCUCCUGGGACUCCGAUCAUUUUCAUUCUGUUCAGCAGGGGCUUCUGUGUUAGCCAGGUUCAACCAGGUGUCUACUGGUACCAGGGAGUCUUUCUAACCCAGCGCAGUGUAAAUCCAGCAUCUGUUCGAAUUUUGAUUGAAGCUGCUUCUGCUUCUCGAACAGUCUCCUUCACAGACUGCAUGAGGUUCUGGGCAUUGUGAACCAGCAUCUCUGUGGCCUGUAAGGAAAGAGGAGCUCUCCAUUACUCACAGUCGCUGAUGGAGCCCUGCCUCUGAAACAGGCUUAAGCCAGGAAUGCAAUGCAGUUUACCCUACCUGUACCUGGCAUCCCUUGUAUUUGUCACAUCACUGGUGGUUUAUAGCUGGAUCACCAAAAAGAACCCAAAACUGGACCAUCACUGAUUUUAUACUGUACCCUUAGGUGGCUUCUAGUGUAUACUCCUUUCCUGGUGUUCAAACAAGCCCCUACCUCGGGCUUCUGCAGUCCCCUCUACCUAGAAUGCUCUUCCCCCAGGUAUCCCAUGGCUCACCUCUCACCUCCUUCAGAUCCUUGCCCAUUUGUCACCUUGCUGAGGCUUUUCCUGCUCACCUUAUUUUAAAUCACAAACCACCUUCCCAACUCCCAGCAUGCCUCAUCCUCCAAUUCUUUCUUCACUUUUCUCUACAGAACUUACCAUCACUAAUUGAUGUACUGUAUGUUUUACCUAGGUUGUUUAUCUGAUGUUUUAUCUAAAAUUUAAGUUCCAUGAGGGCAGCAAUUUUGGUCAAUUUUGUUCUCUGCUGUACCCUAGUGUUACGUCAGUGCCUGUCACGAGGCAUUUCAUAAACAUUUAAUUAACACAUGAAAAACUAACCAAGUAAACCAACCACCUUAUAAAUCCAUGAAAAUCUAAAUAAGUAAAUCUUGUAAACAUACAAAAUACAGGACUGAGAUCACACUAGUAACUAACUUAUCAAUCCAUUAACUCAGUAAUUUUUUUUUUAAUUCUUAAAUAUUUUUGAGCUGUAGACCCUUUGAGGGUUUAAUGAAGGCUGUGGAUUCUCCCCAGAAAAAAUUGCUCACGUGCACAAAAUUUGUACAUGCAAUUUCAGAGGGUUCAUGGGCUCUGAGAGGCAUAACUAUGGACUAGAAUUCCCAAUCAGUUAAUCUUUUCGCUUGGUCAACAAAGAGGCUGAGGCCCAGCGUGAUUCGGAGACUUGCCAGCCCAACUCACACAACAGUCAGGAUGAGCCUCAAAACUUCUGACUUGCAAUCCUGUGUUUCUUCCAUUCUACCACACUGUUUCUUUCUUUUUUUUUAACUGGAAUAUUUAAUGGAACAUAGUAGAUACUCCCAAGAUACAUUUUUGUUGGCUAAUUGAUUAAAUGAUAAGGUCGGAAACUCUGAGUCUUACCCUUUCUUCCCUGUUUUUUCUAUUUCCUUUUCUUGGGGCAGGAGAGAUCACAUGACAGGAAAUAGCCUAGCGCCCAAACCCUGCCUAGAACACAUGGAAGUUAAAGGUUAAAAUCCAGUUCCCAUGGUUUGGGAGAAGAGAGGGUUAUGGUGAGAGCUGUUGAAUUAAACCAUGGUAGUUAAGGUAGCACUACUGACACCAAGAGAAGUAGCCUCCCUGUUCCUCUAAAGUGCUCCUAACCUCUAUCUCCUGGCCCGGACAAGGAGAGGGAUUGUGUGUAUUUUGUUAACUCCCCUACAUAGUAUGUAAUACAGUGCCACAUACAUAUCCCAUUGCAUGAUGAGCCUUGUCUGAGCAGUUCAACAAAAGAUGUGCUACCUUCCAUAAGAAGAAAUUGUUAAGUCUGGCUCAUAGCAGAGACUACUAGAGAAGAAAUGAGAGGAAGAGGUGCUCAAAUGAGGGCUUUCUGAGAAGACCUGAGCCACGUUCCCGGCAGGCAGGGAGAGAAAAAACUGUGACUGCCGAGAUACAUACAAGAAACACUUAAGCAAACACUCCCACCAUCUUUAUUUCAUUCUCUGUCAAAGAAACCAAAAGAGAAGCACCUCGUUUGAGAUGUCACUUCAGCCUCAGCACAGGCCUAACCACCUCAUGCCCCUGAAAAGCCUACACUAUUCAUCCUCCCUGAGGUACUUAUCACCCAGAGAACAAGGAAACAGAAAUUCUCCAGCCAGAAGGAUAGAGUGAGCAGGACUGAACAGGCAUUGGAGGCCUCGAGAGAGCCAAACCUAUUCCAGGGAGGAAAAGAACCAAGUAGAGAGUCCUAACUGCUGCUGAUUCACUUAACCUCCCAAGGCCUCAAUUUCUCAGCUGUAAAAUGACAAGAGUUGCACAAGAGCUUUUUACUUCCCUUUCCAAAUUUCUGAUGAUCUCUCCAACAUAGAUGCUCUUCUGAGAGAACUGAAGACUCCAUCCUACAUACUGAAUACCCAUUUCACAGUUAAAAUUUCCUCAAGGCUGAACUGAAUUGCUAUCAAGUGGAAUAGAAGCUGCUGGCGAGAAAUCAGAAGCACAUACCUGCUCAGACUCCUCGUCGCUUAUGUUGGUCCGGCCCAGCAUGGUGGCCUUCACCGUGGACAGGAUUUUGAGCUGGGUGCUUAUGGUUGGGAUUCGCUCACAUACCUAAAAAGAAAAUUUAAUUUAGUAUGUUUCUUUAUUUUUCUUAUCCACAAGCUCCCUGAGGAUGAGACUUAAUUCACCUCUGUAUUCUCAGUGGCUGGCAUGCAGAAAGCAUUCAGUAAAUCAGCAGCAGGAUUCCAAUUGUUUUACCCCUAGGAUCAGUAUAGUCCUUCUGUCCAGACAUGGAAGCAUUAAAAUUCUUUCAUUUGAUUCAGAAAUAAACUUGCCUGUAUCUGUCUUUCCCAAAUACACGUGUAUUUCCCCUUUCUGCUAUUUCUUCCCAUUCUAAAGUACCUCCUCCUUGCUCACCCAGUUUUCUCUCUUCUGCUUUUCACCCUACCCCCUGCCCCCCCACCCCCGCCACACACACACUUUUCCUGAGUACCUGUAAGAGGUUGGUUCUAAUCCGCUUAUCUGUGCACUGCUUGGCAACCUCCUUGGCCAACCGAGUCACCUCAUCUGAGGCCUUGGCUAUGUCCUUGGCACACUGAAUCAGUGCCCGCUUGGUACCGCUGCCCCCUCUGACCAGCCGAGACAUCUCAGCCAUCAGCAGAGCCAUGCGCUUGGCUGCUGCAAUGAUGUCAUUGCCCUAGAGAGAAGCAAGAUACAGUGUGAGCUCAGCCCAUACUCUGGCCAAGUUAGGGAAGGAAGUAGAAGCACAGAGAAGAGAGGAGGGAGCCUGCUGCUCUAGCAGCCCUCUGGAGGGGUGAGAAGAAGGUAUACAGACUAUUCUUGAGUGAUAUAGAUACAGCACAGGAGAAAUAAACAGAAGAGUGGGCCAGGGUACUCACCCCAGUACUCAGUGAGAGACAGAGAGAGAGAGAGAGAGAGAUCACCGGACCAAAAAAGGAAGACUUGGAUAUUAAUCUGAAAGGGCAACAUGUGAGCCCCAGGCAUAGCACUAAACAAGCAUUUCAGCAUUUCCAGGUUAAUCAUGUCAAUAAAUUGGGGAUGGGCCCAAGAAGUUGGUUAAACAGGCAUUUUCCUUUCUGUGGGGGGAAAGCAGUACAGCUGGCCUGAAGGGAAAAAUACAGAUGAGCCUUUCCAGAUGCUGAAAUCAUCCUCUUUAUCCUUACCCUUGUUACAAACAGCAGCCAAUGAUUGUCGCUGCUGAACUAGAAUUUAAACCAAGUAACUAUCAGCCUUGGUGAAAAAAAAUUUUUUCUGACCUAAGUCUGCUCCUGCCCUCCCUCUACUGCCUCUUGUUUGUACUCUCAGCCUAAAGGAACAUAUUAUUUUAAUUUUUCACAUUUAAAAAGGCCAAGAAUCAAUUCUUCAGUCCUCUCAGCUAAGUGGCUUCAAUUAAAGAAACCUUCACAGUUAAGAGGAUGCCGGGGGAGGCGUUGGGAAAAUAAAAAUCGUGAGUCAAGCCGUAAAUGUAACCCUCACUCCAACUAACAGCAGUUUAUCUUACACUGGGCAUUUUGGUUCAUUAAAACCCUCAUGGGUCAUAAUAAGGAAAUAUACAAGUAAUUUACUUUAUGCCUUCAAAAGGCUGAUAACAACCAAAAAUAACAAAUGCAAUGUUCAAAACUACCUAAAAGGCCAGGCUCUACACAUUUUUCCCCUCAUGCUUUACAAUUUCUAGACAAUGCAGUGAGACAUACACAAACCAUGCCACUGCAGGGUGCUCUGUGAGAAACCUCCACAGGCACCAUGACGUGGCUGAUCUUUUACGGUGGAGGGUGUAUAACAUCUUGGGCAGCAGUUGAGGCCAGAGAGAACACAGGCAUGGGAAGAACUCAUGAGAAUAGGGGUAUGUUAGACAAGGCUGGCUGGGCCCACCUCUUCCAGUGCAGACCUGGGAUCAUUCCAGGAUUUCAUGACCUUGGUUAGAGGACAGUGUAGUGCCAGGGUUAGUUAUUUAUUACCCAUCGCUCUUCAAACCCUUUCUUCUUGCAACAUGCCACCUUCAAAGGGAAAAAAGUGAUUGCCUCCAUCCCCCACUCCCUAAGGCCAAAGCUCCGUUGGUUCCUGUCCUGCAGACUUGAGCGCUAUCUGAUCCCAACUCACACCCCCUCUCCCACUGAAACCCCUGAACAAGCCAGUCAGUGAAGCCCCCUUCCCCAUGGGCUCCCAUGAAGGGAGCAUCUGCCCCACACCCAAGUGCAGGACAGCAAGCAGCCCUCCCCAGAAACACUCCUCACGCUGAUCAACUCUGCCUGAGCCAACAGUGAGAGGUCAGCGGGGAGGGGGCAUAGGUGGGGGACAGGCAAAGUCCAGUGAUCAGGCCAGAUGACCUCUUAAUGGUCUACAAUGAUUCCUGACCUGAAAGUCACUGAGAGGCAUCCACGGCUUCCCAAGGGGUUUAAGGUUCCAAUAUGGGCCACAAGGUCAGUAAGAAAAGGAAUCCUUUCAAAAAGUGACCCCAUCUCUAACUCCCAAACAUAAAUGCAAUCCAGUUAAUCUGGCAUUAGCAGACCUAUCAAACUUGUGAAGCCAGUCCUAACAACAAGGUGCAGACAAACAGAUGCCCGCCCGGCUCAGACUCACAGGACCCGCACAGAUCAUGAGUGAUGCAAUGUGUCAAGGCUGCACAUGGCCAGAUGCAUAUGGAGCAGCCCCAGCUGGGGGCGCUAAUCAGUACCUUACUAGACCACUUGGUAGCUUCCCGAUGCAAUGACUGAGCCGCUGCCAGAAUGGGCUGGUUGACCGGCUGACUGGAUGGCAUUAACAGCAGCUCAGGUUCGUAAUCGUCUUCCAUGUCAGGGGGGACAGGGGACCCAACAGCGUCAGCCGCAUCUGCCUCAGCUACAGCACUUAUACCCACCUUAGCGGCUGGGUUACCCGGCUUUGUCGAUGGCAGGAAGGGUGAGAAACAGGGACAGUGUUAGUAAGAGCAGUAGGGCUUGGGCAACUGAGCUUCAGCCGGUUUAGUAACCAAAGUUUGCCUAGGAUGGGAAAGAAAAUGGAUACUCUCCAGGAGUCAGAUGAACCAAGCUCCACAGAAGGGGGAAUUCUCAGCCUCCGGCACCGGCCUUGUUCACAGUAAAGGAAAGACGCUUACGCCAGUAGCAAACGGUUUCCAGAGAACUAUUUAUACAAAGAAAGAAAGUGGCAUUCCUUUUGUAUACACUUACUACCAAAGAGUAAUUCUCAGGUCAGAACAUUUUUGAGAAGCCAAACAAUAGUAACUUAUUAACUUUAAAAGGAAUCCAGAGGGAAAAUGUAAGUGGAACCACACAAGUUGCUUUGAACAGAACAAUGUGAACAACUGCUGGCUCAUAUGAACGCUGUUCUACAGCUUCCAGGAAACAGAAAGUGUCUUGGGUCAGCUCUGCAGCUGCCAGACACAGAUUAUUUCCUUCAGGGGUUAAAACUUCCAGAAUUGAAAAUGAUAAAUUUGAGGCAACAGAUAUCAAACCAGGAAAGAGGCAAGAAAAACACAAUGGUGAGUGAAGAGGACUUAUCAAAUACCCCACAAUCACCCAGCUAGAAGGAGCCUCAAGAAGACAUCUCAUCCAGCAACCACCUUAGGGAAAACCCACACUUCAGAGCAGCUCUCCCUAAAGUCUACAGAGACAACACUUCACAAUUUCACAUUGCAUCCAUAACUAGCCGACUAAGAAAGCUGUUCUUCGGGUACACCCUGAAUCUCUCCAGUUGCACUUACCCCAAACUCAAUUUAUUGAUAUUUCACAGAUAAGAUAACACAUGGACUUGUCAACUGACCAAAGCAGAGUUCAGAGGAGCUCAAAACUGGUGCCCAUGAGAAAACAGGACCCGUGAUGGGGGAGAGAAUUAAUUUAAUACCAGGGAUGGGCAUUCUGAAAGGCCAGGAAGGAAGCAAGAGAGAUCUGAUGCUGAAAAUAGGCUAAGGGGGAAAGAGAAUGAAAGGAAUUGCCCCAAUGAAGCCGAACCACUUAUAUAAAGAAUGGCAAACACAGGUUCUUUAUAUCAAACAUCUCUAACCAAGAGGAAGUAAGAGUUUGUGUGGCAUUUUAUUUGAGGUUGCUACAACUCCUGAAAGUCUUAAUCGGCACAGGAAGCCUGCCUCCAAACACUGACUAUUAAGUUGGAGGAUUCAGGGCCAACAAGGGGUUUGGGUACCUUCUAAAUCCUUUCACCUAAACUGUCUCAACCAGGACUCAACUCACCCCCAUUCCUUAGAGGAGAGGCCAGCCCACUUCUGCUGGGGUUCAGAGUCCCAAAGUACAAAGCAGACCGACAGAUAUACAAACACAUACCACCAUCCGUCCUCCCUAAACACAUGGUUCAAAUAGCUCCUGACUUCACACAGCUCAAAGUCAGCAAUCCCCAGAUGCUCCAAACCUCCAGAGACAGUCAGACCUACGGAUUUUUGGCAACAAAUGGCAGAGUGGGAUAAACAUGUAGGCAAAUGCUGUCUGCCCCUUAAGUUUUAUGUUUGUCUUUAAAUUCAUGUAUAUUUUGUGUUCCACUGCACAAUGUAUCUGUUAUUUUUUUUAAGUUCAAAAGUACAUUUAUUUAAAAUGUGGGCAAGAUAUCAAUAUAAAAGAAAAGAGUGUAAGAAAUAAAGAUUUGAAAUGUUUUGUACUUUUAUUUUUAACAUCCAUAA